CUCAAAAAAUCUUAACAAAUAUUCAAGAAUUAUUUAUGUCACGAUUUGAAAGUCGUGUUAAAAACGAAGGUCUUGAAUCUUUUGAGAAGAUUAUUCCCCGUAAUGCCAAUACUGAAAUAGUUCCAAAUGUCUACACUGAUGCGUUGCUUAAAAUAUUGCUUGAAGUACGCAAUAUGUAUAAAAAUAUGAUUGCCACUUUCCAAGGUGAAGUUAAAUUUAAUGAAUCAAUAAAUAAAGCGUUCAGAGAAAUUGUAAAUCGCAACCACGUUUGCAAGCCCUCGACGAGUAAAUCUCCAGAAUUAUUAGCUCGGUUUUGUGAUUCUUUACUUGGAAAGAAAUCUGAAGAAAAUGAUUUUGAAACUGAUCUUGAUAACAUUAUAACUAUAUUUCACUUUGUGGAGGAUAAAGAUGUUUUCAACAAAUUCUAUUCAAAAAUGUUGGCAAAACGUUUAAUAACUGGGAAAUCAGUAUCAGAUGAUGCAGAACAUAGCAUGAUCAAUAAAUUAAAAGAAGAAUGUGGCUUUGAAUAUACACGAAAAUUUGGUCAAAUGCUUGCUGACAUAAGUAAAAGUAAAGAUCUCAAUAAUAAAUUUAAAGAAUACUAUUCUGCAAAAGCUGAUUAUCAAGAUAAUGUUUCUUUUCUUAUUUUGAGCACUAGAAAUUGGCCUCUUCAACCAUUACUAACAAACUUCACUAUACCAGAAGAACUUGAAAAAGUUUAUGAACAUUUCAAAACAUUUUAUAGAAUUAGUCACUCCAAACAUAAACUUAAUUGGUUAUUCCAUCUUUCAAAUGGUGAAUUAAAGGCUAAUUAUUGUAAUUCAAAAAAAACAGGCUAUAUUUUCAUGGUAUCCACAUAUCAAAUAAGCAUUCUUUUGCAAUACAAUAAUGAUAGUUCAUAUACGUUUGAAGAAUUAAUGCAAAAAACAGAUCUAAAUAACUGUUAUUUGACUGCUAUUUUAAAAAAUCUUGUCCGACAAAAAAUUCUCAAAUUAGUGAUUGGUACUGAAGUUGGUGAUCCUUCAUCUCGUUAUGAAUUGAACAUGGAUUUUAAAAGCAAGAAUUAUUGUGUUAAUUUAAAUAUUCCAAUUAUACCCAAAGAAGAUGAAAAAGAGAAAAUCUAUAAAGAUGAAGAUAGAAUGUUUAUAAUGCAGGAAAUCAUUAUUAGAGUUAUGAAAUCUAGAAAAACUUUGAAUUAUAUUAGUUUGGUUAAUGAAGUGAUUUCAGAAGUUUCUAGACGCUAUAAUUUCAAAGUUAAGAUACUUAAUCUUAAAAAAUGUAUUGAUAUUUUACUAGAAAAAGAAUAUAUUGAACGUGUAGAAGGAAUGAAAGAUAUGUUUCGUUAUGUACCUUAA